CAAACGUCAAAUCGCCGCAUCACUGCUGUCGUUUGGUGGAAAAGAGUGAAAAGUAAAAUCGACGCGGUUUAGUGUGAUUUUCGCUUCAAUUAUUCGGGAAAAUUGUGGCCAAAAGUGGCACUUACCAGUCCGUGAUGUCGGUUCCGCCGGUUGCCGGAAUGCAACACUUCCCGGCGCUGGUGCCAUUCAGUGUACCCCCUCCCGGAUUUGGUGCUCCUGCUGCUGCUGCCGCUGCUGGAGAUGGAGCUGGGCCCAUUCCGAUGAUUCCGCUAGUGGCCGGUGGUAUGAUGAGUGAGUGGACCGAGCACAAGGCCCCGGAUGGCCGCAUUUACUAUUACAACAGUGUGACCAAGCAGAGCUUGUGGGAGAAACCAGACGAGUUGAAAUCUCCAGCCGAGAAGCUUCUGUCGCAGUGCCCGUGGAAGGAAUAUCGAUCGGACCAGGGGAAGGUCUACUACCACAACAUUAAUACGAAGGAAUCGCAAUGGGUGGCACCGCCGGAGUACCUGGAGCUGAAAGAGAAAGUGGACGCAGAGAAAGCGGCAGCUGAUGCGGCGAAGGCAGCUGCUUUGAAGACGGUUGCCGUGGCAGGUGGAAUUCCGAUGAUGAUUCCUCCGGUGGUGAUGCCGGUUAUGUCUCCGGCGUUGGCGGCUAGCGAUUCGGUUACUUCUAUGGCAUCGUUGGCCGGAGUUACGCCCGGAUCGGCGGAAAAUUCAUCGUCAGCAUUGGAUCAAGCGAUGGCUGCAACUUUGGCCGCGAUUGAAGUUCCGGAAGAUCCCGAACCUAAGAAAGAGGACGCAGAAGAGAAGAAGCAACCGAUUGAGGAAGAACCGGUAAUCGAGUUUAAGGACAAGAAGGAAGCGAUUGAAGCAUUCAAGGAAUUUCUCAAAGAGAAGAACAUCCCAUCCAGUGCAAAUUGGGAACAAUGUGUUAAGAUUGUCCAGAAAGAUCCCAAGUUCAACGUGUUCAAGAAGCUGCAGGAAAAGAAGCAAGCAUUCAACGCCUACAAGACGCAGAAGCAAAAAGACGAGAAGGAGGAGCAACGUCUAAAGGUGAAAAGAUCCAAGGAAGAGCUGGAGAAGUUCCUGAUGUCUUCGGACAAAAUGAACUCCACUUUGAAGUACUACCGUUGCGAUGAGCUGUUUGCCAGCCUGGAUGUGUGGAAGACCGUUCCGGAACAGGAUCGCCGAGAUAUAUACGAAGAUUGCAUUUUUAAUCUGUCGAAACGGGAGAAGGAGGAGGCACGUGUUCUGAAGAAACGAAACAUGCGUGUCCUUGGGGAACUGCUGGAAGCAAUGACUUCGGUCACCUAUCAAACAACGUGGUCCGAAGCACAGGUGAUGCUCCUGGAAAACGCCUCCUUUAAAAAUGACGUCAAUCUGCUCGGAAUGGACAAGGAAGACGCCCUCAUAGUAUUCGAAGAACACAUUCGCACCUUGGAACGCGAAGAAGACGAAGAGAAGGAACGCGAGAAGAAGCGUCUCAAGCGGCAGCAGCGCAAAAACAGGGAUCAAUUCCUGGCCCUGCUCGAUACCUUGCAUGAGGAAGGUAAACUGACAUCGAUGUCCCUCUGGGUGGAACUCUAUCCAAUUAUUUCAGCCGAUUUGCGGUUUUCCGCCAUGCUUGGCCAAAUCGGUUCCACUCCACUGGAUCUGUUCAAAUUCUAUGUGGAAAAUCUGAAGGCCCGCUUCCACGAUGAGAAAAAGAUAAUCAAAGAGAUCCUUAAGGAAAAAGAGUUUAUCGUCCAAUCGAUAACGACCUUCGAAGAUUUUGCCACGGUAGUGUGCGAAGACAAGCGCUCGGCCACUCUGGACGCAGGCAACGUUAAGCUCACCUACAAUUCCCUACUAGAGAAAGCGGAAGCCGCCGAGAAGGAGCGACUGAAAGAGGAAACUCGUCGCAUCCGGAAGAUGGAAAACGAGCUCAAGGGAAUUUGGAUCGAAUCCGGCCUCUCUGCGGUUGACAGCUGGGAAACGGCACAGAAGCUGGUCAUCGACCUCGAAGUGUACGAUGCGUACGAGAAGGAAGACAAAGUGGAACGGCUCUGGGAGGAAUUCAUCAAGGAGGCGGAAGACUCUUGCAGUCAUCACCAUUCGCGAUCGAAAAAGUCCAAGAAGAACCGCAAGCACAAGAAGAAGUCCCGCUCGUCGUCGAAAUCGGAAUCGGCCGCCUCGGAACCGGAGUACGAGAAACCCUCGAAGAAGAAGCGCAAAUCUAGAUCACGGUCUCGCACCAAAUCCUCAGAAUCCGAGAGUGAUCCGCAGAGCGAACGCGACCGGAAGCGUAAGAAGAAGAAAAAGCACCGCCGCCACUCGCGCUCGCCUUCCUACGAUGAGGGUGCCCUUGUGGAACCCAAGAACGGUGGCGUGUCUCCUUCUCGGUCUCCUUCGCCGGAGGUCGAACGGAAGAAGAAAAAGAAAGACAAAAAGAAGAAGGAAAAACGUCGUUCUCGGUCGAGCAGCCGGCAUCGGUCACCGGAGAAUGGAUCUGGCGGCCGCAAUGGGGGUGGCUCUGCAUCGCCCAAGAUUGCCGACGACGCCGCCCUGUCAGAAUCUGAACUGGAGUCCCAACGAGCUGCCCUGUUGGCGCAGUUGAACGAACAAAUAGACGAGUGAUCCUCGUGGGAUCCGGUCGGAUUGUUCCGGGCCGGAGUUGGCAGAAGUGGGCGAAAGUAAGGACGAUUGUAUCGACAUUUUAAUUGAGUAAUUGUGGAGCAGAUCGCUGCUACAGAAUCAAGUAAGAAGUAAUUGUAUCUCUAUGGUCCUAGCCUAUAGAAACGGGGUUGCGCGAUUAUAAGGAUAUGUAUAGGUAAGGUCA